CUGCUUCAUAAUUCUUAGCCGGUUGCCCCCGCAUGGGCUUACUGUGAUGAGGCAUUACUGUAUGUACAUACGUAGUGCAGUGCAUACACUCGAUGAGUUAAUUUUCAAUAGAACCUAAGAAUUUCAGAUAUAGUGUGUCUAUCAAGAAUUUGAGAAUGAUUCGAUUGUAAUACAUCUAGAGUGCGGUCGAAUCAAUCGAACGAACACAGACUCUUAGGAUUGGUUAUUUCUCGUUUCGUCAAAAGUGUUCUCGAUAUUAUUUGACGAAUUAACCAUAAGUGUUGAAUCUUUGUGCACCCAGAUUGUACUUGGAUUUAACUAGGUCAACGAAGAACCGUGUAGUGCGAACUGUAAUUGUUUAAUUCUGUUUUCUCGCUUGCCAUGCCUAUUUAUUGAUUAUUAAGAUACAAGUAAUCAAUCGAACGGACAACCAAGUGUGUUCACUGUAACAGUAGAAAUUGCACAGCUUUCUCGAGCAGCUGUUACUGGAAAAUGCGAGUGCGCGUCUCUGCCAUAUUUUGGCAGACAGGCCGAUAAAAUAUUAAAUUGGUAAUCUAGAUUUAUUGGGUACUGCUUGUGCUUCGAGCACAUUGCACGGUUACUUUCACGGAGGCCGAAUAAUCAAAACGGUCCCGAUGAAAUCGGUUGCCUCUGUCUCCGAAACAAAUUUCCAAGGCAUCGGCCGUGACAUGGCAGGGCGGCUCGGUCUAGGUUCCGAAAUUCGAGAACUGAAGUUGGGACCAACCUUCACCAACAACAGAUCUACCGCUUUUCACACCCUGAAAUAUGAUUUUAAACCAGCUAGUGUUGAUGUUUCCAAAGUUGCUAGGGUCGAUGUGGGAACUAACAACACUAUGACAGUCACUGUACCUCAUUUAGAUGGUGCUGGAAUUCCUCAUACAGUCUUCAAAGGUUCUCAAAGACCUUAUCACAAGGAAUGCGUUCUUAUAAUAGACAGAAAUACAGGAGAAAUUACAUUAGAGAAAUUGACAGCGAACAUACAAGUUAAAAAGACUAGAACUGAACCAAAGUCACAGUCACAUUUAGGAGUUCCUGGGUCAAAUAGUAGUGGCAGACCUAUAACUCCAGUAGAAAACAAAAGAAGCCCCACCCAUGGUAGAGCAACUGGGAGAACGAAAGUUACAAGUGGAAAGAAAAGAGAACCUAGUGUUCAGUUGCCUUCAAAACAAUUUAGUCCUCUUAGAGUUUCUCCCUAUCAUGGCAAGAGUCCACCUACCACUUCUAUUAAUAGUUCACCAGUACAAUCAUCUACUGCACCAACCUUGGCUAGUUUGCCAAUGAUCGGCUCGGAUAUCGAUGACUGCCCUUUAAUGUCAUCUGGAUCAUUCCCAGCUACAAAUGCUUCUGUACCUCCAAGACCUUCUCCUGCUGUGAAUCCUCAACCGACCAUAAAACUUCCAGUAAACAUAGACAGUGAUGAGGGUGCUCUCAGUGAUUCUGUUACAAGCAGCUCGAGCUCGGAUAGUUCAGAUAGCGAAUCCGAAAUGGAAACUGUUCCAGUGAUACCAGGAAGUAAUGGACAUAUGCACAGUAUGCCAGAUAAUCUUUUAACUGAGGACUUGAAGCUAUCGGAAUCAGAGUCUGACAGCGAUUAGUGGUAGGGUAUACAUAAAUAACAUGCAAUAGCAUGGCAAACAUUGUUCUUCUUUUCGGCGUAUCGUUUGUUGUGGUCUGUCGAGAAAUAAAUGACAGUGAAAUAGAAGAACUGUUAACUAUGUUCUACAUCACAGAAAGAAAUUUGUAUAGCCAGUUUGUAAGGAUGCUCCACAUAUUCUAUAUGUAACGGGUAACCUUUACAUUUUCCAGUAAUAAAUACAUGGGAAAAGUAACGGUUGCAAACAGUAAUGUUAUGUAUGUACAUUUAUUUAUAAGGUAUUAGGGAUUGUACAAUUAUUAUUGACUAAUAUUUAGUGUAAUGUUUUGAUCUUUAUUUUCUUAUAUAUUUCGAAGGUAGAAAUCUUGCCAAAACUUUUUACGCACUUCCUAGAAAAGUGGCAAAAGUAUUCUCAAUUGUUUAAUUUGUUGAAAUUGAUUUUUGUAUUGUUUUCCGAACGCUGCUGAUAUCUGAAUGUUAUAUAUGGUACAUCCGAUUGAUUCUAUGCAUAAAAUUUCGUCUUAGCAUGGAAAAUGUCGUAGUAUAUGACGUAUACACAAAAUUGAUAAACGAUUUUAUUCUUCGUAAAAUAUUUAUUUAUACGAAAUUGUAUAAAUUUAAUAAAGUAUUCUUCAUAAUACGAAUCGUAUUAUAUGCAAAUACAA